CUGAGGCCUUCGGGCCUGUGACUGACGUCCCCUCCCCCCACCCGGGCUCGGCGGGGGAGCGACUCAUGGAGCGGGCUUAAGACUUAUCAGCAGGCGGCGAUUUCUUCCCUGCCAAAAUGACGUCACUUUCCACCUCUGCCCAGUGUUCAACUUCUGACAGCGCUUGCAGGAUCUCUCCAGAACAGACCAGUCAGGUACGACCAAAACAGCCACUUUUGAAGAUUUUGCAAGCAGCAGGUGCACAAGGAGAAAUGUUCACUGUUAAAGAGGUCAUGCAUUAUCUCGGCCAGUACAUAAUGGUGAAGAAGCUUUAUGAUCAGCGGGAGCAGCAUAUGGUGUAUUGUGGCGGAGAUCUUUUAGGAGAACUGCUAGGACGUCAGAGCUUCUCCGUGAAAGAUCCAAGCCCUCUCUAUGAUAUGCUAAGAAAGAAUCUUAUCACUUUAGCCUCUGCUACUACAGAUGCUGCUCAGACUCUCGCUCUCGCACAGGAUCACAGUAUGGAUAUUCCAAGUCAAGACCAACUGAAGCAAAGUGCAGAAGAAAGUUCCAGUUCCAGGAAGAGAAUGGAAGAAGGCAAUAUUCCUGCACUGCCUACCUCACAUCAUAAAUGCAGAAGUUCUAGAGAAGAUGAAGACUUCAUAAAAAACUUAACCCAAGAUGAGACAUCUAAGCUGGACCUUGGGUUUGAGGAGUGGGAUGUAGCUGGGCUGCCUUGGUGGUUUUUAGGAAACCUGAGGAGCAACUAUACACCUAGAAGUAAUGGCUCGACUGAUUUACAGACAAAUCAGGAUAUAGGUACUGCCAUUGUUUCAGACACCACAGAUGACUUGUGGUUUUUGAAUGAGUCUGUAUCAGAGCAGUUUGGUGUGGGAAUAAAAGUUGAAGCUGCAGACACUGAAGAAACAAGUGAAGAAGUAGGGAAAGUGAGAGACAAAAGGGUGAUUGAAGCAGGAAAAAAUGAUGACCUUGAGGACUCUAAGUCCCUAAGUGAUGAUACUGAUGUAGAAGUUACCUCUGAGGAUGAGUGGCAGUGUACUGAGUGCAAGAAAUUUAAUUCUCCAAGCAAGAGGUACUGUUUUCGUUGCUGGGCGUUGAGGAAGGAUUGGUAUUCGGAUUGUUCUAAGUUAACCCAUUCUCUCUCCACGUCUGAUAUCACUGCCAUACCUGAAAAGAAGGAAAAUGAAGGAAUUGAUGUCCCCGAUUGCCGGAGAACCAUAUCAGCUCCGGUUGUGAGACCUAAAGAUGUAUGUACAAAGGAAGAAAAAAAACCCAGACUUUUUGAUCCUUGCAACUCGGUGGAAUUCUUGGAUUUGGCCCACAGUUCUGAAAGCCAAGAAACAAUAUCAAGCAUGGGAGAGCAAUCCGAUAACCUUUUUGAACAGAGAACAGAUACAGAAAACAUGGAGGAUUGCCGGAAUCUCUUGAAGCCAUGUAGUCUGUGUGAGAAGAGACCACGAGACGGGAACAUUAUUCAUGGGAGGACAGGGCAUCUUGUCACUUGUUUUCACUGUGCCAGAAGAUUAAAGAAGGCUGGGGCUUCCUGCCCUAUAUGCAAGAAAGAGAUUCAGUUGGUUAUUAAGGUUUUCAUAGCGUAGCUGACUUAGUGAAUUGGAGAGAAAUAUUAACAGGGCCAGGUGUGUAUCAGAAUGCCAGUAUUGAGCAUCUCUACCUAGCAUAACCCUCUAUAUCUAUUUAUUUAUGUAAACAUCUCUGUGUCACAUUUUUGCUUCUAUACGUAGAGCGAAUUUGACAGUUCUUUAGAACUAGAUUAUCAAUUUGGGGGACGGACUCCCAAUAACAUGAAAAGAUAUGUUAACCACUUCAUUCUCUCUCUAAAGAUGAAGAUCUGGGAGAAGCAACUGCCAGUACAAACAAAAGUACUUUAAUUCAUUCACUUACUGAGUUACUUGAAGAUUUACUCUUCCUUCAGUUAAUUUUAUUCCCUAGCCUUUUUUUUUCUCUUAGGGAAUGGUUUUAGGCACCCAGAUCCAAGGUGGCUGUUAGAAAAGUAUUAGAGCUAACAGUGAAAAAAAAAAAAUCCAAACAAGUAAUUUGAUUAGUCCAGUUGUGAAGUGCUGUAAAUUGCUUUAUGGUUGUGAUCAGUCCACGCAGUUUGGAUAAGUCCAAAGAAAAGUCUUGAAAAAGAAGAGAUUUAUCCCAUGUGUGCCUAGAACACUGAGCAUUUUUGCUAACAUAUCCCUGAAAGAAUUUUGAAAAGCUGUAUGUAACCUUUUGCACAUUUUACACCUUAGGAUAUGAUUAGCAAACAGAGUGUUCCCUUCUGGUGAGUUGUGGACACCUGAGUACCCACCCUAAAACAAGCUACUCCAAGGGGACGGUUUCUGUCCCUUGUAACCCUUCCCACCCAGUUUCUCCUCCAUUUCAUGGCUUUCAUUCUAGGGUAGUUUUCCUUUUGCACAUGUUUAAUGUGACAUCUAAAUUUUAAAAAUAAAUUUAAGUACUUAACAAAGGAUACCCUAUCCAGUAUAUUGUAUAUGUGCCUUAAAAAUAUUUUUCUCAAAGUCUUGGAGUUGUAGAUUUAGCUGAUUGAAUUUAUAGGAAAAGUCCUGUUAUAUAAAGUAGCAAAGCCUGCUCUCAUUUUAAAACUCACCAGCCAAAUCAGAUUCCAUUUUCAGUCAGAAAAUGUUUGACUUUAAUUCAAAUAAAAGCAUUAACACAUUUCUGGCACAACCUUCUCAAUUACAGUUCUAAGAUAGAUGAGGUACAGAGUUUUUAAUCUAAGCUCUCUUUGCUUUACUCUGUCCUCAUUGUCCCUUAAAAAUUCUCUGGCUUUUUUUUUUUUCUUAUUGUUGUUCUUUUGUUUGAUGCCUCUAGGUUUUUUACAGUCUGAGGCAAUGCCCAGUAGUAAGAUUCUAGGUGGGUGUGAGUCAGCCUUUCUUUUGGAAAUACAGAGUAUGGCAGUUGUGAAAAUGAAAAUAAUUAAAAAUGUUAGGUCUGAAGGAGCGUUAUAUGAGCCCAUAAAUCUUGGGGCAAUGCAUAUGGAAAUUGAAGAUCUUUAAGCUGAUGUUCUUAUAUAUAUAUCCCUGUCUGCCUUCCCCAUUGAAAAAAUCUCGAUGUAUGCCCAGGGGUUUGCAUACGAGAUUUUGAAGACCAUAGCGUACUGGAAUCAACAAAUUUAUGGAUCAUAAAAAUCACCUGGGUUGCUUGUUAAGAAAAACCCAAAAAAAAAAAAAAAAA